AUGGGCGGUACACCAAGCAUCAACCACAUGACGGACGGACUAAAGUGGGUGAUAGACGUACGAGCAAAUAGACAGUACGCAUACCGCGCCGGGCGCUCGACUACUGAGCUGGUGCGCGAGGUGGUGUGGGACGUGCUGCGCGCGCGGGAGGCUGCGCUGCAGGUGGCCGUGGUGUGCUGCGACCUCUCGCGCGCGUUCGACACCGCGGACCACCGCCUUAUCGCGCGCAAACUGGAGCACUACGGUGUUUGCGGCCCGGCUCUAGCACUACUGUUGUCGUUCAUGUCCGACAGAUGCCAAGUGGUAGUUAUAAAGGGCUCCAGCAUAUAUAUGUACGCUGAUGACGUGACGGCCGUCGUCACCGGCACAUCCCACGAGCAGUUGGAGACGAACGUUAACAGUACCCUUCAGCAGUUGAGCCAAUGGUUCCAUGCGAACGGUUUAGCCCUCAACAAAAGUAAGACUUCCUGGAUGAAGUUCAAGCUAAACGGUCACGCGGUUCAGCCAACAACGGUGUGCGCUGGUGAUGACGCUGUCCAGCAAGUAACGGAAACGAAACUUCUGGGUUUCACUAUAGACAGCGGGUUGCUGUGGGACACGCACAUCGAUCAGCUGUGCGCCAAGCUUGGGAGCGCAUGCUUCGCGCUGAAGCGCCUCGCAAGUACCGCGACCGGGGAUGUCGUCAGGAGUUGUUAUUUUGCCACAGUGCAUGCGUACAUCGCAUAUGGAACCGAGCUUUGGGCUACGGCAGCGGACUGGCAUAGGACACAGACUGUGUUCUUACUUUCCAGCUUUACUGCCAACUAA